CAAUAUAAACCGCACUAUAUUCCUUCACCUUGCUUGCUUCCUUGCUUGCUUCCUUCCUUUCUUUUCUUUUAUUUUCUCUUCCCCCAUAGGGCAAAUCAUUCUUGCUUCGCCGACUACAGAGGUUUACCAUGUGGACCACAACAACCACAACGAUGAGGACUCAAAUGCUGAGACCCCAAGUAUGGAAACAAGCUUCUGCAUGCAUCUCUUUAGCCCAUGGAAGAUCAACACCUCUACCAGUCAAGAUCAGACAAACCCGGCAAUCCUCAACCUGGAAUCCACACACUGUCCCCAAGCUCCCCAGUCCAGAGCAAGGCAUCACCACAAACAAGAAAGAAGAUACCGGCAAACUAGAAUAUUUCCUGUACGAUGCCCAUUUAUAUUGACCGUUCCAACAACGCUGGCUAAACCACAUAAACAGAACAACAACCGACCAGCUCAUCAACUGGGCCCGCCAAGGCUCCCUCUGGCCCCUCACCUUCGCCCUCGCAUGCUGCGGCAUUGAAAUGAUGCAUGUCUCUAUGCCACGAUACGACCAAGACCGCCUGGGAAUCAUCUUCCGGGCCUCGCCCCGUCAAGCGGAUGUCAUGAUUGUUGCGGGAACGGUGACUAACAAGAUGGCGCCGGCAUUGAGGCAGUUGUACGACCAGAUGCCGGAUCCGAAGUGGGUAAUUAGUAUGGGGAGCUGUGCUAAUGGGGGUGGAUACUAUUACUAUAGUUAUAGUGUGGUUAGAGGUGUUGAUCGGGUGGUUCCCGUGGAUAUUUAUGUGCCGGGGUGUCCGCCGACGCCAGAGGCUUUGAUGUAUGCGAUUUUUCAGCUGCAGAAGAAGAUUAGGAAGACGAAAGUGACUAGGAUGUGGUAUCGGAGGUGAGAUUGGUUCUUGU